AGGGUGAGAUUGCUUUAGUAAUGAAUUACAUGGCUUCGGGGUAUGUGCCUGUCUGAUGCGCUAUGCUAUACGAAUACCGAGCAUCACUUUCUGGAUUUCGCUACGGCUCCUAUCACUAAACUCGCGCACCUUCUUCCUCUACCUCUUCUUCUGCUUACGCUUCUUCUUCUCUUUUUUCUCUUCCUCCCCUUGCAGCUCCAUCUUUUUCGCGGUCUUCUUCUCUUUCUCCCACUUUUGGUCGGUCACUUUUUACUUCUUUAUUUCCAUUUGGUUUUCCCUAUUUCCCUAAUUCUUAUAUCUUUUCGUCUCGUUUUAUCUUAAAUUAGUAUGUAUAUACUUUGAAAUUAUACAACUAUAUAAGUAUAUUGAGUUUGAAGAAAUAAAAUACAAAUGAGGGAAAAUUGAAGUUAGCUGGAACACAUUUUUCUUGAGACGAAGCAGGUAUAAUAUUCUCGUUGUCGGUAUUUCCGUGUAAUAAACGCUCGAUCAAGUUGGCAUAAGUACCUAAAAGAAGAAAAUUUCUACGCGUCACAAUGUUAGAUUGCAUAUAGUUAGCGACUAAAUAUAAUACUAUUCAAAACAAAAUUCUAUUACAAUUGUGCUUAACCUUUAGUUAAUUUAUAACGUGUAGAUACUAACGAUGAAUUUUGAAUACUUUGCCGUAUUUUAGAAAUUACAAACUUCAUCCCAACACCAUCUAAUAAGCGUGGCCAUUAAAUUAUAGACGUACCAUUAAAUUAUUCGCAUAAAAACGGUAUCUACGUAGGUAUAGGUACUCGUAGUUUUUACUUAUAACGAUUAAAAAUAUAACUCGUUACCCGCUGAUUAUACUCCAUUAGAAACGUAAUUUAUUAAAGCCGUUAAUCCAUUCGCAUUCGUAAUAAUAAAUAUGUAAUCCAAACUACUGAAAUCGCUCAAGUACGUAUUUCGAAUACAACUUCUAAAUAAAAGUUUAUUUGGGCAAAGAAAUUUUCUGUUAAACGUUUCAGUCCGUCGUUUUGUUUUCAUCCAUCUAUUUCCGUUUUCAUUGCAGCAACAGCAUAACGUUCUCGUUCCGUAUAGCGACGGUAUAAUUUCUAGUUAUAAGUUAUAACCUCGAUUCAAAAUGAAAGGUGAAAAAAUCGGAGCUUAACCAAACGUUAAAAUGAAUAUCAAAUAGGUGAUGUGACUAUUACGAGAAAAAUUGCUAACGGGACAAGAAAAUUACCUAAUGAACAAAGUGGAAUAACAAACUACAUGAACGAAGAAGAGUUUCGAGAAUGCAAAUUGUAAAAAGCGAGAGAAAAUCUUGAAAAAUCAAAAUUCAGGUAUCAACGUUCUUUGGAGAAAAAAUUCUGCGCGGUACGAUUUAGUGAAUUUUCCACAAGAGGGGUGUGUACUUAUCUCCAUGGAAGUGGUACCGCCCCUAGAACGGGUGGACCAAUCCCGUGAUAUAAACCAACCCCCGUUCUGCACGUAACUCGGAGCUUGAUCGAGGGUGAACUCUCGAAAGGAGACUUCAGUUUUCUCGGUGUCGUCUAUCGAGAACGAUAAAGCGACUCUCUCGCAGUGAGAUUCCAGGGUAAAAAGAACGCAAAGCUAUACCUUUGUUAGUUUUGCCAAACAACCGACAACUUACAAAAGGAUGGCAGGCCCGUAUUUAUCACCCUUAGGCCCUCAGGCUGACUUGCUCACCGAAUAUAUGUUUGGAAGACGUCGUCAGGUCAGUAGACGCAAUCGGACGACUUUCACUCCGCAACAGCUUCAAGAAUUGGAGUCGCUGUUCCAGAAAACGCACUAUCCUGACGUUUUCCUAAGAGAAGAAGUCGCUCUUAGGAUUUCACUUUCAGAGGCUCGUGUUCAGGUUUGGUUUCAGAAUCGGCGAGCAAAGUGGCGGAAACAAGCCCGAUUGCAAUUGUUGCAAGAUGCAUGGAGAAUGCGAUGUUUGGGAUUAGGAAGUGCAGCACCCCUUCUUUUAAGGCCGCCACCUACAGCAUCUUUGGAACGACCUGAUGCUGCGACGCCACCACCCCCGCCUCCCCCACCUCCUCCGCCUCCGCCGCCUUCAGCCUCUGCUUCUACCAACGGACCACCUAUAACUAUAACGGCGAGCAACGCCGACAAAAUACCUGACGCUUCGACUUUAUCCGUUUGCAGAGAUUACAGGAUUCUUCCACCUCCUCACGGAUAUUCUCUGACCUGUGAAAAGUCUCCAGAAAGAAUGAAAUGUGGUUGUGGUUCUCCACCAAGAAUAUGCGGCAGUCCAGUAGAAAGAGACAUCAAUUUAACCGCUAGAGAUAGGCCUCAAGAGGCUGAGAUGGAUCUCACCGUGAAGGGUCCACCCAGGCACACACCAACCGCUACUUUAUUCCAUCAACUACCCCAACAAGAACUCAGUCCAUCGCAAAAUGUCGACGAACCUUUGGACGUUACGCUUAAUGCUAACAAAAACAAUUAAUUGUUUCUUGUUACGUUAGCUUUAUAUAAUUCAGUUUCUCACUCGCGACUUACUUAUUAUUUCUUCACUUUUUCACUCGAAAAAAUCAAAUAUCUACAAUGGACAAAUCAGUUGUUAAAAAAUCUUUGUUCUAAAGGUACGUCGUUAAAAUUUCAAAUAAAAAUGCUACUUACAAUUAUAUUAAAGUACUCGAGUAGUUAGUUUAAAAUUGAAUAUUUCUCCAUAAAUAACUUUCACUUUAUAUUUGUAACAUUAUUAUUUUUCGAUCUUGACAAUGUUACAAGUGCUUCGUUAGACACAGUAUUUUAGGUAAUCUCACUAAAAAUCCUUAUAUAUUCUACAUUCUCUUCUUGCUCAAUAUUUUACAAAAUUACGAAAUAUCUCAAUCAUUAUUUAUUGUAUGUUGCAUAAUUUUUAUUAUCUCAUAUAUUUUUAUUGAGAUAAAAAAAUAUAAUUUAUUUUCUUUUCUAUAUAACUAGAGAUGUACAUAUAAUAUGUGUAUGUAUUCUUUAUUGUCGUUACCAAAUUAUAUUCAUUGAUAUAAUGUAUUAUUAAGAAUGAUAAUUGAUUAUAUAAAACUAUUUAUUUAUUUUACUAUUUAUUUUAUUGUUAUAGUCAAAACGUUUCUUUCUUUUUAAAAAAUAUGUGAGAAGUAAUGGAUUUUGUAAAAGUUAUGUGGUUUUAGAAGCACAUGGUAAUGAACAAACCUUUUUCUAUAAAACAAGCAUUCUAAAAAUACAUUAACCAUUUAAGCGAUUAUGUCGCAUGCGUUAAAACUGAACUCAAUUCGCAUUCAUAAAAAGAAUGACGAACAUAACCGGUUUAUAAAAAUUUAUGUGGAGUACGUUGUGCUAUGAGAUUGUUCUGCGUUGGUACCUUCCAAUGUCUUAUCACACUAAUUGUCUACUUUAAACUUAUUUUUUCCUGUUCAAUAGUAAAUUCAGCCCUCAAGAUACUGUAUUGAUUAUAAUGGACAUACAUACGUAUACGCUAGUGGAAGAAAAUUCGUGCCACUGUGAAGUACAUUCUACACUUUCAGCGAUGAACCACACUAUAACGUUCGCGGGGUUAACGUCAGUUUUAUUUUUUACAAUUACAUAUGUAGUUAUUACCACCUAGUCAUAAUUUUAUUUUGUUAUUAAUAAAAAUUACCUACUAAAAUAAAUUCUAUGUUUAUUUACAUUUUACUGCUAAUGAUGUAAUGUUCUUAAUACAUUUUAAAUCGUAUGACAAAUAUGAUCUGAAAUUACAGGACAUACACAGGAAACACUUUUUUAAAAUUCUAAAAAUAAAAUAGUGACCUUGUAAGGGUUACAUAUAUUUACAAUAUUAUUACUAUAUUUACAUUACAUAUAUGUUACAUAUAUUAUUUCAUGCAAACAUUAAAUGAUUUUUACGUUCGUAUGAUAUAUAUAAUAUAUUACAUUUUUAAAUUGUUAUCAUCUAUUAAUUCGACUGUUAAUAAAAGACUAAUGUAAUAAUAAUUAUAAAACGAUAAUUAUACUUUUACGUCAAUUCAGUUUUAUCCAUAUUGUAGAUAUUAUGAAGUUGAAAGUGCUGCUCAAGUAUAGUAAUAAAUGUAGCAUGAAAUAAUUGACUGUCGUUUUAUCAGUAUCUCACUUUUCGCUGUGAAUGCAUACUAUGGAUACGUGAUGAAUAGAAUGAUGAUUUUCAAACCGCUUCAAUCACCCUGUGCUCGUGUGAAUGUUGAAUAUGAAUUCUAUUUCUUCGUGUAAUUGUGCCUGCUUUGUUCUGAAGCACUAGAUUAAUCACAGAACCGUUCCCUAAUCAUUUUUUGCUCCGAAAACCAUUAACGUACAAACGAUUGUCUCAUUAUUUAUUCUGUGUUCUACUGACCUUUCUACCUUGUUAUAUAACAUGUAUUAUAUUGUCUCAAUCGUAUUUUGUUAGUAAAUUAUUUGAGCUUAUUUUUAUUAUCUCACCGCUUUCGUUCCGCUUUCAUAUUACUCUUUGAGAAACUCUAUUAUUUCUGAUGACGUAGGAUAGCUUUCGUCAGACCGAUUCUUCAAUUAUCAUGAUGCACUUUAAGUAUCAUUUUGAACUUAUAAAAUAGAUCAAAGUGUUUUUUAGUAAUUUUAAUAGAGAAUUAAAUAAAUCAAAAUGUUUCUCCUUAUUAUAUAUUAUGUAAUUAAAUUUCAACAUUCUGAAAUUCUUCUCAUACUUGUUUAAUUUUAUGGAUUAUAGUUUAUAUACUUUUUAUGCAGUAAUAAGUCUCAAAGCACUAUUCUCUAAUGGUCUAACGAUAUCCACAUGUUAUUAGAGAGAACAAUGUCUACAUUCUGAUAUGUUUGUCUUCUAUAUAUGAUUUUUCAUUGACUAAAGCUGUAAAAUAUUUACCUUUUUUACAAAACCUCUAUAUUUUCCUUAGCUAAAUGGUAAUUUUUUAUUUGUUAAAAUUUUUUGCCACUGAUGAGAACAUAAGUGUAUAUUGCUUUUUUUAUAAGAAAUUAUUGAUUUAUUACUUGUAAACAUCAAUCACACAAAAGACUUAAGAAAAGUAAAUACGUAAAAUGGUGAGAACAAAAAAGUGUAAAAUUAAUACUAAAAUUGGUACUUUUACUAUGUUAGUAACAAUCAUCAAUUCUGAGAUAAUAUACGCUAUAUUUAUUCGUUGCAUGUGUUAAUUAUUCUUCAUUUAUUUUUCAUUCAUUUUUCAUUAUAUUUUAUGGUGUUUCUUUUGCUUUAACUUUCAAAUUUUCUUUCAUUUCCCAUUGUUUGUCUUACACAUUGGAUAUUUUAACAGUGUAAUGAAUUAACAAUGCAGGAUAUAUAGAGAAAGAAAGCAAAAGAUUUAAAGGAUAGAUUUGUUUCUAUGGAUAUCCUUGAUCUUUAUCAAAUUCUAUCCUUAUUUUAAAGCAACCUCUCAGGAAUCAUUUAGUUGUAAAUUAGUUUAUAGUUAAUCGAUUAAGCCUUUAAUAUCUGCUUAAUUUCUUCCGCGUUCUUCUUAUUUUCAACCUUUUUGUUUCAUACAAGUGCGAAGUUAGAUGAAUAUUAUAUUGUAUUAUGUAACUACCAUUUCUCAUAAUUUGUGUAUUUUCUAUGAUUCUUCUUACAAAAUGCAGCAAUAUUUAUUGUUUAAUCUUAUUGAACAUUUAUUCUUCUCUAUGACUUGUACGAGGUAAGCUGCUGGUAUGUAUCAUCGUUUGAGAAUCUUACAUCACAUACAGUACUCUUCGUUAUAUUUUCUCCUUGUGAUUAUAUUAAACUGUUGUUAUACAGAAACUUUUGAGACAUUUUAGAGACAUUUCAUGAUAAACAUUUUUUUAUGAGUAAGAAGUGCCUGUAAGGUUUGAAGGUAAAACUAUUUCUUUUUUGUUUUCCUUUAGGUAUAUGUUUUUAGACAGAUGUAUAGUCAACUCCAAGACGGAUACAUAAACUUAUAGUAUUUAGUAUCCCAAGGUUAUUCAAGCUCGUUGUUACAUAAAUUCAAAAAAAUAACAUUAAGUACAAUCGCUGUGUACAAGUAUUGGGUCGCCCAGAAAGUUCGUUCCAAUUUUCAUUUCGAUUUGAUAUACAUUUAUUGAAUUAUAUAGGUGUCAUUUUGUUCCACCACCUUUCCCCAUCUUUCACGCAACUUGAAUAUUCCAUCCUUCCAGAAUCUCUUAGGUUUUUCGGCGAAAAACUUUUCAAUAUGAUCUUUCAUGUCGACCAAAUUCCUCAAAGAUCGGAACGAACUUUCCUGGUGAUCCAAUACAAAUAUUUUCCUGGUCUUCCUGAUCUUUCCCUACAUAAGACAAUAUCCAAAAAAUAAAACAAUUAAAUAUUAUAAU